GUCCCGGUUGAAGACGAGGGCGACCAUUGCAGCAUAUGUUUGCAAACCGUAGAAGAUCGGACCGUGUUACCCCGAUGCUCUCAUGAAUUUUGCUUCGACUGUAUCCUCGUGUGGACUGAGCAGUCCAGGAGAUGCCCUUUAUGCUCGCAGGACAUUGGGGAAUACCUUAUUCAUCGCAUCCGCUCGAAGUAUGACUACCAAAAGCACUACUUGCAUACGCUGCGCACUUCUCCGCGACCCGUCCCUCUGUUAUCUCACAACGCAUCCCGUGGUGGAAGUCGGCGAAGACGUCGCGUUGAAUGGGGAAGAAGAGAGCGUCGCGACCGUGAACGAGAAGAGGACCAGUUGGAGCGCGCCAUCAGCAAACGCCGCUGGAUCUAUGAACACAACUUGUAUGCUAAGCACGUUGCAUCCAACACGUUUACACGGUACAAGGCAUAUCCGACACCGGCCCAGUUCGCUGCUUCUCCAGACUACAUCAGCCGCGCAACCGCAUUCAUCAGACGCGAGUUGCGCGUAUGGCCCAAUAUGGACGUGGAGUUUUUGACCACGUUCAUACUGUCGCUAAUGAAGUCCAUUGACAUUCGCUCCGAGUCGGCAGUCAAGUUGCUUGCCGAGUUCCUCGACAUGGAUACACCCUAUGUCGUCGGCGCUAGGCACACAAAUGCGGAACACUUUGCUCACGAACUCUAUUCAUAUAUCCGCUCGCCUUACCGCGAUCUGUAUGUAUACGACGAUGUCGUUCAGUACGACGUGUCGGAGGAGGUACCGCCACCUCCGGUCCAUCAGGCAAGAAGUUCAAGGUGGCAGCAUGAGCCUGAGCCAGGACCCUCCCGCCGGCUCGGCUAUUUGAGUCCGCGUGUUCGCGAUGACUAUGAGAGUCCGCGGGCACGUUCCACAGGGGAAAGCCCGCUCAGGUCCCCCGCGUCCUCAAUAUCAUCGCGUGAGCGAUCCAGAGAUAGUCUACGCCAUUAUCGACGGAGUUCUAUUAGCGGAGGACGUGUGUGCCAGGGCAAGGCUCGUGGAUACGACGACGAACAUGAGGAUCAGCGACUUGCUCGUGAAUACGGACUCGACGAACGGACUCCCGGAGAAGAGAGUCAGCGUGCAAGGACGAGAGCAAGGAGCAGGAGCAGGUCCAGACCUUCGGCAUCACGCGACUGCCCUGAGCAGCGUGUUCCUCGUGAGCCGGAAAAUCACGACACCCCAAUCGUCACCGCUCGCGACAAGGGCAAGCACCGUGCAACGGAGGCACCACAAGCAGAGGUAGGUGCAAGCCCCAACGACGGAGUGCCUGUGGGAUCUUUACCUACACCCUCCCUUCACUCCACGCCGAACGAACCGUCACCCAAGGUAGCACAUGGGAACCCGGCUCCUCGCACGAGACCAUUUCGCCUCAAGGACCUCGUGCAAGCACAUCUUGGAACGGCCCCGGCCAUAUCGCGUACAACGAGGAGUAAAACGUCUUCGCUCCAACGGGCGGUGAGCGAUACUGCUACUGAACCUUCCAUUACACCUCAGUCGCACGCACCUUCAUCUGCGCCCGUCGAUGAGACCGAAACCUCCCCCCACCGCUCCGAGUCGACCCUGACUACCAAAGGAGCAGCGGGCGUUUCGGCUUCGCUUUCGGCCCCGCAGAUAAUGGCACGCACCCGCGCCCGCCUCGCGGCGCUGCGAAAUGAGUCUGUCGCUGGCGUACAGCCAUCCGCUUACUCUCAGAAGCCGGAAGAUACGUCAUCUCAGAGCCAUGAAGGGCCUGAUCAUCCUUUCGGAAAUCCUCCCACGGACGAAAGCGGAGACACAUCAGUCAAUCCUGCCUCCAAAUCUGUGGAUAUGGCGCGUCGCCGCCUCCUGAACAAGCUCGUACGGGAAAAGCGAGACCUGCGUUCAUCUGUCCAUACCGGGUUAUCGCCCCCCGCGACGAGCGCCCUGACGGAAGGCAAUCAAGGGGAUAGCAGCGGGAUUGGCGAGGGAAACGAAACCGGCGAUGCAUCUGCUGCCAUGGAGGCGAGGUUGCGAAACGAAGCGCUGUUGCAUGUCCGCUUAGCUGCGGAGAAGCGCGUUGCCGCGAGUGCAGGCAGAGCGGGGCAGACUCACGUCAACGGGUUUCAGGGCUCUUCAGCGCUUGCCGGGUCCAGAGAAGAAGCACUGAAAGCAAGGUUACAUGAACGACGAAGAUGAUUAUACAUUUGGGUCUAACCGCGGAUCCGGUAAUAGUUACUACACUUGGAGUACU